AUGUCGACUCGACAAUCAAAGUCACCUAAUAAAUCCAGCCAAGUGAAAUCUCGGCAGUCAACCUCAUUGAAACAGAACAGAUUCCAAGAAAAGCACAGUGCCGGGUCUGCUGACUAUCUGUGGAUCAACGUUCAAGAAGAGGAUUCUCAGGAUCGGGAUGCUUCUCGACAGAAGCAGGCAUUCAUCCGGACGAGGCACCAUCGGCUGAGAAAGGAGCUACAGACACAACACCUAAAGCCCCAACCUUCAUCGACAGGGGAUCAUGACUCUUCUGUGAAUUAUGAGGAUACACAUCAAGGCUCCAGCCAGUCAAAAGAGGAGCAAUCUCCUCCAUUAUGUCGAUCGCUCGAACAGAGUGUUGCCUUGGCAUUUCCAUAUCUUGCUCGUCCAACAGAUCAAAGUAUGACAAUAUAUCUUCAGCACUAUCAAGCGCAUGCUACCAAACUGUGUUUCCCUAUUGGAGAUAAUCAGAUCACGCUUCGAUACUUGAGAAUGGCCCUGGAUCAUCCGGCCCUCAUACAAAUUCUUCUUUCGACGAGCGCUUUCCACCGAGCAACUUUGGACCAUGUGAGUGGCGCUCCCUCGCAACUGAUUCGAAGCUCCACGCAAGACGCCAUACGGCUGCGAUCGGACACCAUCAAGUCAAUUCAAGGGAUCUUGAUUCAGCCGUAUAAGUUCUUUUCGGAAAUUACCCUCAGAGUCAUCGCUCACCUCUUGUGUGUGGAGGUAAGCCUUUUGUUGAGACUAGUAGGGUGGACGUCGGGUGUUUGCCUAAUGGCAUACUACCCUUUUACCCUUGGUUUGCUACUAAGCUUCUGGGGAUGCAUGACUGAGACUGAGUACCUUCCUAUCUAG